AAUUUGGGUAAUUGUACCGGAAAUUGAUAAAUUUGGUACGGAGAUCCGGUUUAGUGUGGUUUGAUGGAUCAAGCUUUGAAAUUGGGGCAAAAAAGAAAACCAAAAUUUCUCACUUGUUCCUUGUUAGAGAGAGAGAGGAGAGAUGGGUUACGGAUGGGCGAUCUUCGAGGGGAUACUGGUGAUGGGAUCUCUGUGUCUGUUAGGAUCGGCCGGUCUCUGGUUUCUCAAUCGGAGGCUUUACAAGGAGUACGAAGAGAAGCGAGCCUUGGUUCAAAUCAUUUUCAGCAUCGUCUUCGCCUUCUCUUGCAACCUCUUACAGCUCGUUCUCUUCGAAAUCAUCCCUGUUUUAUCUCGAGAGGCAAGGAUGGUAAACUGGAAGGUGGAUCUCUUUUGUUUGAUAGUGCUACUUGUUUUCAUGUUACCUUAUUAUCAUUGCUAUUUGAUGCUUCGCAAUACUGGUGUUAGAAGGGAACGUGCUGCUGUUGGGGCCUUUUUAUUCUUGACCGCCUUCCUUUAUGCUUUCUGGCGCAUGGGCAUUCAUUUUCCUAUGCCUUCAGACAAAGGUUUUUUUUCAAUGCCUCAAUUGGUCAGCAGAAUCGGGGUCAUUGGUGUGACCCUCAUGGCCGUCUUAUCUGGUUUUGGAGCUGUAAAUUUGCCUUACAGUUAUAUAUCUCUCUUCAUUAGGGAGAUUGAAGGAUCAGAAAUAAAAUCGCUGGAAAGGCAACUGAUGCAAUCAAUUGAGACUUGCAUAGCUAAGAAGAAGAAAAUUAUUUUAUGUCAAGUGGAGGUGGAACGAAGUCAAGUAUCGGAAGAGCAUCAAAAGGGUAGGUCUUUCCUUAGAAGAUUUGUCGGAACUGUGGUGCGGUCAGUUCAAGAUGACCAAAAGGAGCAAGAUAUCAAACUAAUGGAGGCGGAGGUUGAAGGUCUAGAAGAGCUGUCAAAGCAGCUAUUCUUGGAAAUUUAUGAACUCCGCCAAGCAAAGGAUGCUGCUGCUUUUUCUCGUACUUGGAAGGGUCAUGUGCAGAACUUACUUGGCUAUGCGUGUUCCAUCUACUGUGUGUAUAAGAUGUUAAAGUCUCUACAGAGUGUCGUUUUCAAGGAGGCGGGCACAAAAGAUCCUGUCACGAUGAUGAUCAGUAUAUUCUUGCAGUGAGGGGAUUCUUGACGAAUCUGAUGAAGUUCUUCUUUGCAGUGUCGAGGGUAGGGAGUGGAUCUUCAAGCAAUGUUGUGCUUUUCCUAUCCGAAAUCAUGGGAAUGUACUUUUUGUCGUCCAUUCUUCUUAUAAGAAAAAGCUUGAGAAAUGAGUACAGAGGGAUAAUAACAGAUGUAUUAGGCGGAGAUAUUCAGUUUGAUUUCUAUCAUCGAUGGUUUGAUGCAAUAUUCGUGGCCAGCGCUUUUCUUUCUCUGCUUUUGCUGUCUGCUCACUACACAUCUCGUCAAAUUGAUAAGCACCCAGUUGACUAAAGCAAAGAAAGCAAGCAUCCCUGAUUAGUUGUAAAGAGAAUGAGGUUUAUAUGGAGAGUACCGGCAAUCCUAAUGUACUUAGGAGGUCAAAAAAAAGAGGAAAAAGAGCAGUGUGGCCACAAUGAUUGCAUGUGGGCAUUGGCUGGAAAGCACGUUUUCUUGUUGGUUCAGUUUGAGAUACUGAGAGUUAUUGUGGUAAGAGAGAAAGUUGGUAUGUGUGUUUGUAAGGUUCAAAUGUCGACUCAACGGCGCUUUUGAUCAAAUCACAUUAAUAUCCCAUUCAGGGAUAGAAUUCUCAGUACUGAUAUAUAUUCUGUUUAUAAAAUAAAUAAAAUCCAUAUAAAAAGGUGAGAAAGAGA